AUUAUUAUUAUAUAUCCUCAUCGUUGCUUAGACUUGGUCAUAUAUCACAUUUUCAAUGGCCAAACUAUGCUCUAGUUAUUCUAAUUUGCUCUGUAUUCUCUCUGUCUCACUCUAUUACUUCUUCUUCACUACUUGCUUAGCUAAAAGUACUAAAAACAUCACCACAGAUGAAUUUUCACUUCUAGCAUUCAAAUCAUCUAUUACCUUAGACCCUUAUCAUAUGCUUAGUAAUUGGUCAAUUUCCACUAAUUCUUCUUCUUCUUCUUCUUUCUCUUCAUGCAAUUGGGUUGGUGUUACUUGUGAUGAACAUCAUGGAAGAAUAAAUGCAUUGAAUCUUAGUAACAUGGGCCUUGAAGGUACCAUUUCCCCUCAACUAGGAAAUCUUUCUUUUCUUGUUUUUCUUGAUCUACAAGGCAAUAAUUUCCAUGGUGAGUUACCACAAGAGUUACUUCAAUUGCAUAGAUUGAAAUGGUUGGAUUUGAGUUACAAUAAUUUUGUUGGAGAAAUCCCUUUAAGGAUAGGGGACUUAUCAAAACUUCAAUAUUUAGAUCUUGGUUAUAAUAAAAUUGUUGGAUAUAUUCCUCAAUCUAUAUCCAAUUUGUCAAUGUUGGAAUACUUAGAUUGGAAAUCAAAUUUGGUCAAAGGAACUAUUCCACAUGUUAUUUGUCAACUUGGUAGGUUAAGAAUUUUGGAUGUUAGAAAUAACAAACUCUCUGGAAUCAUACCAUCCACAAUUUCCAACAUGUCUUCACUUGAAGAAAUUCAUUUGUCAAAUAAUUCAUUAUCAGGAGAAAUUCCAAAAGGAAUUGGUGAUCUUACACAACUGACAAUCUUGAACCUUCAAAAUAAUCUUCUCUUUGGCAACAUAUCAUCAACAAUAUUAAUGUUCAACAACUCAUCAUUGCAAAAAUUGGCACUUGGUUUUAACAACCUCAGUGGCAUUCUUCCAUCAAAUGUUUGUCAAGGACUUCCAAACCUUAAAUUACUCUAUCUUUAUGUUAAUGAUUUUUCUGGUAAGAUGCCAAAUAUUUGGCGUUUUUGCAAAGAGUUAGAAGAUUUGGAGUUAUCCUUCAAUAAUUUUGACAAAGGACAUAUGCCACCUGACAUUGGAAACUUGAUCAAGCUUCAAUCUUUAUAUCUUACUAGCGUCAACUUGGAGGGUGAAAUUCCACUCUCCCUCUUCAACAUCUCUUCUUUAAUGGAGAUCAACCUUAAUGGAAACAAUUUAUAUGGAACUCUUCCACAAGAGAUGUGUAAUCAACUUCCUCAACUUGAGAUUUUUACCUUAUUUGGUAAUCAUUUUGAAGGAGCCAUUCCACGAUCAAUUGGCAAUUGCACAUUAUUGCAAUCAUUAACUUUACAGAAUAAUUUUUUUUCAGGUUCAAUACCAAUGGAGAUUGGCAAUCUCAAUCAACUUCAGCUUCUACAAAUGGGAAAUAACAGCUUAAGUGGACCUAUUCCUUCAAAAAUCUUCAACAUUUCAACAUUGGAAUAUUUGCAUCUUGAACAAAAUUCUUUCACAGGCAUGCUUCCAUCUAACAUGGGAUUUGGCCUUCCUAACCUACAACAAAUACACAUAUAUGGAAACAAACUUGCUGGAAAAAUUCCAAAUAGUAUAUCCAAUGCUUCAAAUCUAGUCAUAAUUGACUUGAGUUCGAAUGAGUUUAGUGGAAAUAUACCAAACUCAUUUGGAAAUUUAAGAGUCCUUGAAUCACUCAUCAUAGCUGGCAAUAAUUUGACAAUAGAUGAUUCUCUUGAAUUUGACUUCUUAACUUCACUAACAAGUUGUAGAUAUUUGAAACAUCUUGAAGUAUCUAAGAUAAGUUUCCAAUCAAAACUUCCCAAGUCCAUUGGAAACUUAACUUUAGAACACUUUUGGGCAAACUCUUGUGGAAUUAAUGGAAAUAUUCCACUAGAAAUCGGAAACAUGAGCAACCUGAUUCGCUUAUCUCUGAGUCAUAAUGAUUUCCGUGGAUCAAUCCCGAGUACAAUUAAAGGGUUACAUAAACUUCAAUCUUUGGAUCUUAGCUACAAUGGAUUGCAAGGAUCUAUAGUUCAUGAGCUUUGUGAAAUUAGGAGUUUGAGUGAGUUGAAUUUAACAAACAAUAAGCUUUUUGGAGAGUUACCAACAUGUUUGGGAAAUUUGACUUCUCUUAGAAAGUUUGACUUAGGAUCCAAUAGGUUAACCUCUACAAUACCUUCCUCAUUUUGGACUCUCAAAGAUGUUUUAGAGGUAAACUUAUCCUCCAAUGCUAUAAUUGGAGAUCUUCCACCUAUGAUUAAGAAUUUGAGAGCUCUUGUAUCAUUAGAUUUGUCAAGAAAUCAAAUUUCAAGCAACAUUCCAUCAACCAUAAGUUUCUUGACAACUUUAGAAACUUUGUCCUUAGCAUAUAACAAAAUCAAAGGGCCUAUUCCAAAAUCACUUGGUGAAAUGGUAGGCUUGAGUUUCUUGGACUUGUCUCAAAAUCUUAUAACCGGCGAGAUCCCAAAAUCCUUAGAGUCACUUUCUUAUCUUAAAUACAUUAAUCUUUCAUACAAUAGAUUGCAAGGAGAGAUUCCUAAUGGAGGACCUUUCAAAAAAUUCACAUCUCAAUCUUUCAUGCAUAAUGAAGCACUUUGUGGUAGUCCUUACUUACUAUUUCCUCUAUGUGAUAAACAAAUUAGGAAAAAAUCAAAGACAAAGAUGAUAUUAAUCACUUGCAUAUCUUCCUUAAUUGUUGUGUUGGGAAUUGCAUGGAUAAUACUUCAAAUGCAUAAAAGGAAAAAAGUUGAAAAACCUCUUGAAAAGGAUUUAUCAACUAAUUUAGGGCUUUUAAGAAGGCUUUCCUAUUCUGAACUUGUGCAAGCAACUAAUGGAUUUAGUGAGAGUAAUCUACUUGGAAGAGGUGGCUUUGGAUCAGUGUAUCAAGGAAUGCUUUCUAGUGGAAAGAUGGUAGCAAUUAAAGUACUUGAUUUGAAAUUGGAAGCAACAUCAAAAAGCUUUGAUGCAGAAUGCAAUGCUAUGCGUAAUCUUCGACAUCGAAAUCUUGUUGAGAUUAUUACUAGUUGUUCAAAUGUUAAUUUUAAAUCUUUGGUCAUGGAGUUUAUGUCAAAUGGAAGCUUGGAAAAAUGGUUAUACUCAAAUAACCAUUGUUUAGGUUUCUUACAAAGGUUGAAUAUAAUGAUAGAUGUGGCAUCUGCAUUGGAGUAUCUUCAUCAUGGUUCUUCAAUACCAGUGGUUCAUUGUGAUUUGAAGCCUAGUAAUGUGCUACUAGAUGAAAAUAUGGUUGCACAUGUCGGGGAUUUCGGAAUUUCCAAGCUCUUGGAUGAAGGACAUUCUAAAGCUCAUACUCAAACUUUAGCUACUAUUGGCUAUGUUGCACCAGAGUAUGGAUCUAAGGGAGUUGUUUCUGUUAAAGGAGAUGUGUAUAGCUAUGGAAUAAUGCUAAUGGAAAUGUUCACAGGAAAGAAGCCAACAAAUGAAAUGUUUGCAGAAGAAUUAACCUUGAAAAUGUGGAUUAGUGAAUCGAUGCAUAAUUCAAUAAUAGAAGUUGUGGAUUGCAAUUUAGUCUCACAACAUGGGAAAGAAAUUCAAGAUAUUUUAGUUCAUGUAUCAUCUAUUUUGGCUUUGGCAUUGAGAUGUUGUGAAGAUUCGCCUGAGGCACGAGUUAGUAUGACGAAUGUAACUGCAUCGUUGAUGAAGAUCAAGACCUUAUUCAUAUAAUGAAAAAGGAAAUCAAGAAAUAAAAUUACAUAUAUAGUGAAUUACAUCAUCCACAUCCUACUUGGUUAAUGCUUGGUCACUAAGUCAAUGGUGUACCGUUAGUCAGUUGUAUUAGCUUAUCUAUUUAAGCAUCAUCAUUUGUAAGAAUCAAUUAAGAUGAUUAAUUAGAAUGAAAAGUUUAUGAAAUGAAUGGUUCUCACUCUAUUCUCUGUAGGUUCACAAUCUUCUUAACAGAAUUAAAUACUCAAUGGUAUUUGUUUGGAAGAAAUUUGUGGAAGAAAUUUGCUUGGGUGAUUGGAUUAAGUUAUUUGUUUGGUCAUGCAUUGUUGGUUUCUAUUUUCUCAAAGCUUUUUGAUGCUCAAGUCUUGGUUGGCUUAAUUGUUUGUGUUGUUUUUCAAUUGUGGUUGGGGAAUGUCCUAACACAAUGUGUCUCUCUUUGUUUGUAUUUGAUUUAUCUUAUCUAAUGCAAAUGUUUUUUCCUGUCAAAAAAAAAAAAAAAGGUACAUGAGAAAA